AUGUUCAUGACGCCAUAUCUGCUAAUGGAAGCAAGUAGACUCGUCGUAUUGUCUACCGUGAUAGCUUAUUUCUUGCUGCUUCUCAAAGAAAAUACUAUGGAUAUUGGACUUCUCAUCGGAGCCAGUGUUGCAGGGGGAUUUUUACUAUUGGGAAUGUUCUACUUGUGGGUAUGCGCCCUUAACUUACCAGUAUUAAUUAACGAAAUGAAGUUAGAUGAACAAGCUGCCACCAUAAGCAAGCUACAGCAACUAUUGGAAGUUAACAAUCAACAGGGUGUCAAUAGAGAUGAUUUAAUGGAGUACGGCUGCGGUGUCGUCAGCAAUAUCCCUCGUAGCAUGUUUUUUGUGCAGAGACAUUAG